ACGAAAUCUAAAAUCCACAGUUUCAAGUCUUCAUUCUUAUUCCUCCUCUUAAACACAACAUGCUGUGAAAAUGGAAAAAUAUCAGAAGAAGCAGAAGCUUGUUUUUCGUCUCAAUACAUUCAUUUUACUACUUUCCUUGCCUUUGCUCUUCUUUGGUCUCGAUUUCUUCGUAUUCGGGCAGAGAAUUUCCUUCGAUCAACACUUUUCCGGCGUGAAGAAGACGGUGGAUGAGAAGGAAUUCAUCAAAUUUCAUUUAUCAAGAUUAGUUCGAGGGGAGGAUCGUAGGAAACUUGAUGAGACGGGCUUCGCCUGCGACACGGCCGUCCACUCCGUCCACUGCGUAUCCACUAAACCCGUAAGAAUCGACACACGGAACAUGACCGUGUACAUACCCUCCUGUUCGGACUUGCAGAACGAGACGUCUCUCCGGCCGUACGCGCGACAAGAAGACUUACCUAAAACGGUCUCCCUGUCCGGAUGA